GCAAACACACACGAUCGGCGGCAGUGAAUAACUCCACGGAACUCGGAUUCGAAUCGAAAAAAACUCAAAAAAGCGAAACGAUACACAAGGGAUAAACUCACGCGCUUCCUUUUCGCACCUUAAAAAUCACAUUCAUUAAAUUCAUUAUUCGACAGUGUAAAUCGUUCUCAGAUCCACAACCAAUUCAAGUGAUCCUUUGAGACAAUUGUGAAUACAAAAGUGCAGUCUUUUGGGAGUGUUUUAAGCCAAACUAAAAUCUGAAAUUUAAUUUAAUCCAAGACUACAAGAAUCUCUUCCACUGGAUUAUAUCGAGAGCGCCGAGUUGCGGCGGGGAAAAGCUUUCCAAAUAUCUGACAUGACCACAUCGCACAUCUUGUCCGCCGUGGAUCCAACAACCGGACUCAGUGGCAAUGUGUCAGGCGGCGGAGGAGGAGGAGCAGGUGGUGGUGGUGGCGCUGCCAAUGGGGGCAGUGGCUCACCGCAGCAUGUGACCCACAAUGGACACGGACAUGGACAUGGCCACGGUUUGGGUGGCGUGGCUGCGGGCGGCAGUGCCAGCGGAUCCACCGGCCACCGGGUCGUGGGUGGUGCCAGCAGUCCCAGCGAAUUGGAUCGCAACCUCCGCGUCUCACUGGACGACCGGGAAUUGUGGCUACGGUUCCAGAACCUCACCAACGAGAUGAUCGUCACCAAAAAUGGCAGACGCAUGUUUCCCGUGGUAAAGAUCAGCGCCUCAGGUCUGGAUCCCGCCGCCAUGUACACGGUGCUGCUGGAGUUUGUCCAGGUGGACACACACCGCUGGAAAUACGUCAACGGGGAAUGGGUUCCUGGUGGCAAGGCUGAAGUUCCACCCUCAAAUCCCAUCUAUGUUCACCCCGAGUCGCCCAACUUUGGUGCCCAUUGGAUGAAGGAGCCCAUUUCCUUUGCCAAAGUUAAGCUGACCAACAAGACCAACGGCAAUGGACAGAUAAUGCUCAACUCUCUGCACAAGUAUGAGCCGCGAGUGCAUCUAGUCCGCGUGGGUUCCGAGCAGCGACAUGUCGUGACCUAUCCCUUUCCGGAAACGCAGUUCAUUGCGGUGACAGCCUACCAGAACGAGGAGGUCACCUCGCUCAAGAUCAAGUAUAAUCCAUUUGCAAAGGCCUUCCUCGAUGCCAAGGAGCGUCCGGACACAUUAUAUCCACAUGACACUCACUAUGGCUGGCUAAUACCUCCGCCCACGCACUAUACCACCGCUGCUGCUGCUGCUGCCGUGGCUGCUCCUCCGCCCCCACUGCCCAUUGCCCAGAGUCACGGACUGGUGGGAUCAUGUCCCAGUGUGUCCUCUGGAGCCUCAGUGGGUUCCUCGACGGGAGCCACUUGCGACCGAUACGGACGCUCACUAUCUGGACGUAGUGCGGCGCCCACUCGCAGUACUCCCUACAGCCGACCCCGUGUCGUUUCCGGUUCGGGAUCUAAUGGAAGUGUUGGCAAUGCCUCCUCCACAUCUCCUCAACCGCCGUCGGCCCCACAGACACCGACCAGCCUGCACUCCUCAUCGACGGGAUCGGUGAGCACCAGUGUGAGCAGCAGCAGUGGCAGCACAGGUGGCAUCGGAUCAGCAGCCAGCUCCGGCUGCUUCAGCAGUUCCUACUCGCAGUCCGGCUUCAUGCCGGUGGAGGCCAGUACCACGGCCUCGGUAUUCUCGUAUCCUAGUAGCUGGCAGAGCAAUGGCAACUAUUGGAAUGCCACAAGCGUGCCAGGACCGAUGCCCAUGAAUGUGUGCAGUGGUCGCAAUAUCUCCUCCCACAACUCACCGUCACCCACGAACGGAUCGCCCAGCUACACAACCUCCUCGCCCAGCUAUACUAUCCACCACCUGACGCCGCAUAGCCACCAGUACAACAUGGCCCAGACGGACAUCUAUGGCACGGGAGUGGGCGUUGGAGCCGGUGUCGGAGCUUCGGGAUCUCCUCAAGCGGCUUAUGGAGCGGCGGCUCAUCAGGUGUACCAUCCCACGCCCACCUCACCCACCCAUCAGCUGUACACGAAUGCCGUGCUGAAUGCUCCCUCGGCCUUGAGUUAUCCUGCAAGUGGAUGGCACAAUGGUUCUGGGGCAGAGUAUGGACUAUACCAGAAUGCAGCGGCCGCGUACUACCAGCCGGAGUAUAUUCCCCUGGAGAUCGGCUACACCGCCCACCCGCUGGAGCCUGUAGAUGUGUCCAAGACGCUGGAUGAUCCACAGGCCGCCAUGUACAAGCCGAGCGACGAACAGAGCUCAAUUGUCACUCUGGAAUGUGCCAGUUCUGGUUUGAAGAUAGCCCACAAUGACAUCAAGAUCGAGACACCGACGCUGGACCACUCGGUGGAGCGUGGAGCGGUUUCCGGUGCUGUCCUGGGUGGCUCAGUGCCCACCGCUGUAGUGACCGGAGCGGCAACCGUUAGUGCCGACACCUGGACACCUCUCACACCACCCCAGAGCACGCUGCAGUGAUUGGAUCGAAAGGAUCAGUACCCCCUCCUACCAGCCCUUAGACGCAUGACCCCCUGGAUGUUCGAUCAUAUUAGACUUAAAACCUGUAUGUUAGUAACGCUAUCAGUAAUGCACUCCUAAACGCAAUAUCGCAAUUAUCGUAGAAUUAACUAUA